UCUUCUUCUGCAGUGAACUUGUUUGGUUUGGAUUUAUUUCAGUUGUUUAACCUGUCUAUAGUAAAUAAGGUCCUAUCAGUGAACCACACUGUGCCUUCAGACAGCGUUUCUCGUCUAUGUGAAGAAUUUGCAGACAUUUUUGCACCAGGCCUCGAUUGCGCUAAGAACUAUAAAGCACAUUUGGAACUGAAAGUCAACGCGCAACUGAAAUUUUUCAGAGCGCGCAAUGCUCCCCACGCAUUGUGUGCUGAGGUCGCAAAAACAUUACACGAUUUGGAAUCACAAGGUGUGAUUGAACGUGUGCAGGCUUCUCUCUGGGUAUCACCCUUAGUAAUUUUGCUGAAACCUUCCGGGCUGUUGAGACUUUGUGUGGACUUCAAGGCAACAGUGAAUCCACAACUAGUGAUUGCAACUUUUCCUUUACCCCGCCCGGAAGAUCUUUUUGACAAACUGUGCCCGGGUAAAUAUUUUUCGAAGUUGGACCUAGCAGAUGCGUACUUGCAAAUACCGGUGGACGAAGAAUCCCAGCGCGUUUUGGUGGUUAACACGCAUCUUGGUUUGUAUCGAUUCAAAGGAUUGCCAUUCAGGUGUGCAUCCACCCCUGCAUUGUUUCAGCAAUAUCUACAAACUGUUUGUGCGUCAGUCCCUACUGCAGCAAAUUAUCUGGACGAUAUUGUGAUCUCUGGAAAGACGGAAGGAGAACAUUUGGCCAAUCUCAGAACAUUAUUUCAGGUCUUGCGACAAAAUGGUCUUCGCUUGCGGAAGGACAAAUGUGAGUUUUUUGCUCGGGACUUGCCAUACCUGGGACAUGUAAUCAACACCCAAGGCAUACAUUCCAGUCCCAUGCACCAUCGUGCCAUACACGACUUGCCUUCGCCGCAGAAUUUGAAGCAGCUACAGAGUGUGCUGGGAAAAAUUAAUUCUUAUCGACGUUUUAUACCACACGCCUCUUCCAUUUCAGCUCCGCUACAUCGCUUACGCCAUAAAGGUGUUCCGUUCAUCUGGACGACGGAGUGCGAACACGCCUUUCACCAGUUGAAAUCGAUGUUGCUUUCCAAUACUUGCCUUACACCAUUCGAUCCCCAGAAGCCCCUUUUGUUGAAGGUGGAUGCAUCUGAUUUCGGGAUCGGUGCUGUGCUUGCGCACAGAGAUGGAUCGCACGAUCGCCCUAUUACAGAUCUCCCUAUUCACAUCGAGAAAGAAGCAUUGGCUCUUGUAUUUGGUGUUACAAAGUUUCAUGAUUUCUUGUAUGGUCGUCACUUUACCAUAAUCACAGACCACAAACCUUUGACAUCGCUUUUUCAUCCGACCAAGCCUGUACCUGCACGUACAGCGCAGAAAUUCAUUCGCUGGUCUAUUUUCCUCUCACAGUACUGCUACGAUAUCUUGUAUCAGUCCACUGCUAAGCACAGAAACGCCGAUGCGUUGUCCCGCUUGCCUGUUGCUGAGUAUAGGGCAUUCGAUUCCUCUGAACUUGCUUGCGUGCUCUUUGAUGCGGAAACCGUUGACGUGUUUGAAUUGUUUCCGAUUGAUUUUCGUUGUGUAGCUAUAGCCACAGCUGCCGACCCUGUCCUUGCUACCGUUUUGCGUUUUGUUGCUACACAAUGGCCCUUGUCAAAGUCACGGAUUGGGGACCUGUUUGUUCGCCGAUUUUUUGCUCACAAGGAGAGACUUUUUGUACGAUGUGGUGUUUUGCUGUUGCGUUCUGAUAAUGAUCAGUCCAGGGUUGUGGUACCACGGUCGUUACAGUCCUCUGUCUUACAGCUUCUCCACAAAGGACAUUGGGGUAUAGUGAGAACGAAACAACUUGCUCGUCAGCACUGUACUUGGUUCGGAAUCGAUGCCGCGAUUACAAAUAUGUGCUCAUCUUGCAUGGUGUGUGCCGAACAACAAUCAGCACCAUCGCGGAAAUUCUUUGCAUGGCCAAAGGCCACUUCCCCUUGGCAACGCUUACACAUAGAUUUUGCUGGUCCAUUCUGGAAUGCUCGAUGGUUGGUUGUGGUGGAUUCCUUCAGUAAUUUUUCUUUUGUUGUCUGGAUGUCUUCCACGACGUCAUCUACCACCAUCCAAGCGUUAUCUGCUAUCUUUUGCAUUGAAGGUCUCCCACAGACACUCGUUUCCGACAAUGGACCACAAUUCAUGUCCGCAGAAUUUCAGUCAUUCUUCAAGGCCAAUGGUAUUCAACAUCUGACGUCCGCGCAGUUUUCGUCACAGUCAAACGGUGCUGCUGAACGAUUGGUCAGGACUUUCAAGUCACAGAUGUUGAAGUUGAAAGACUCGCAUUCUCGGGAGGACGCAUUAUUUCUCUUUUUGUCCUCGUAUCGCUCUCAGCCCCUAGAUGGUCGCUCACCGGCUGAGUUGCUCCACGGUCGCCCUCAUCGAACCUUGAUGUCUUUGCUACAUCCGCCGCAUCAGGUUCCUGUGCAGCGGCAGAAACCUGCUUUUGCUCCAGGCGACGUUGUCUACUAUCGGCACUAUUGAUGUUCAUGGCGUUGGCUCGAAGGUCGCAUUCUUUGCUGCCUCGGACGUGCUAUGUAUCUGGUUUUGGGGGCCUCUGGUGAGGUGCCUCGGCAUCUCAAUCAGUUGCGCCUCUGUCGUCGCACGGGAUCUGCCCCUCGCCAUCUGCUUUCAGCGACGGUGCCGUCCGAUCAGCGCCCCAGGGACCCAUCUACUGGCUUGCCUCAGCCCCAGGUGUUACCGACGCUGCCUUACAUUUUGCCCCAUGGCGCCGCGCCGCCGCCGCUGCCGCCGCCGCCUGUUCUCCUGCCGGCGACGCCCGCAGUGGACGCGUCGCUGCAACCGCCGGGUGCCUUCCUGGGUCACGCUUCUCCGAUUGCUUCCCGUGACCAGUUGUCCUCCGACAUGGAACUCUUUCCCGCUUCGGACCAUGUGUCGUCUUCGCCCGUCGGGUGCCCUGGCCCGAUGGAGGUUGACCCUUCGUCCCCUCCUGUCUCUCUACGGGCGCAUACACCGCAUGUUGGCGUGCACCCUGGAGCAGGUUUUCAGGCGUUUCCUAGCUCCCCGUGGUCCGAAUGGCAGGGUGCGGGUGGCACAGCCUCGCCUGUUGUUAGGCUCCCCACCUCGUCGCAUACGUCAACAUGCGGUCCUCCCCACGGCGGGCGUAAGCCUUAUGCCACAACCGUACACCGAUUUGUGGGGUGGAAUGUGGUGUCACCGCCAGACACCACACUUGCUAGGUGGUAGCCUUUAACUCGGCCACGGUCUGUUAGUAUACGUCGGACCUGCGUGUCGCCACUAUCAGUGAUUGCAGACCGAGUGCCGCCACACGGCAGGUCUAGAGAGACUUCCUAGCACUCGCUCAGUUUUACAGCCGACUUUGCUAGCGAUGGUUCACUGACUUCUACGCUCUCAUUGGCCGAGAUGAUAGUUAGCAUAGCCUUCAGCUACGUUAUUUGCUACGACCUAGCAAGGCGCCAGUAUCCGUACUAUUGAUAUUGUGAAUCAUGUACCAUAAAGAGCGACGUUCUCCAUUAAUGGAUUAAAGUUAAGUAUUCCACCAGCUACGUCCGUUUUUCUCAAUUCUAAUUCCCUUGUCAUGUUCCAGACCUCACGUGAGCCUGCGUGAGCUAAAACGCGUGCAUUUCAGCCUCCUUUAACCAUACGGUUGGCUCUCCUGCCAACCACAAUAGUAUCCAUUAAAAAGUUUUAUUUGCAAUACAAGAAAUAACUUCAGAGAUUUGGUAUUUUCUGUUCAUCAUUGGACUUAAUGACUUAGCUUACCACAUAUGAGCAAAUAAUUUGUGUGUUAUGCAGAUGGCAUAACACUCUCAAUACACACAUGACACAACAGAACUGCAUCAGGCAACACAGGAAAAACUAGAACUAGUAAUGAAUUGGUUUUUUUCUAAUGAACUCCUAUGUAAUCCUGAUAAAACACAAGAACUAAUUCUGGGUUUAACUACAGCUGUUGAAAGCAAAUCAUGAAAUUCUGAAAAUUAAAAAAAAAAAAGUA